CACGAGUGAAGUCGCAUGCGAUAUAAAUGGCAUAUAUGCGAUAUUUAUCGCAUGCGACAAUUCUUUAUUGGGCCCCUGCUGGUUGUGAGCUCGCGCGUGCGCGUGUAUGUGUGUGUGUGCGUAUCUGCGCGUGUUUAUGUAUUUUGUAAUACAACUGAUAUAGCCUUAGUAAAUCCCUAGUGAUUCAUCAUUAUCGGGAUGAUGAUAAUACGCAGCUCUUUUUUGACCCGCAGCGUGAAAGAUUUAUAAAAGUUCAUUGAUUAUGAUGAAAUAAUCAUUUCGUCAACAAAUCUAAUAGUAAUAAUGUGGUUCUCAAUUGGGUUCCGCACGUUUAAAAAAAGAAAACGAUUUUACGAUCGGGCUCUACCGAUAAUAUACCAAUAAUUUUUUAUAAACUAUUCAUGAACUAUUAUUUCGAAAACUAUCGUAAUAGUUUUGAAAAUUAACAGAAACAAUUUCAAAACUACACAAAAAAAAUUACCAAAUUUUUGUGUUAUAAUAUACAGUACCAGAGGAUAAGUGUUGUUGAAGGAAAAAGGACGCAAGAAGCGCAUCUGAUGGGAAAAGUGAGAUGGAGAGUAAGAAAAACAUGGCGGAUGUUUUGUUUGUGUGCAAAGAUGGUUAUGCUGCUCGGUUUCGGUAAUGUGUCGUAUAAGUGUAGUUUAUCGUGAUCGAAGAAAAAGGAAGAAAAGAAAGCUCAUUCGAAAUAAUAAUAGUGGAUAAAAGCAGAGUGUCGAAAAACGGUGGUUUGUUGUAUGGGUGGGGGAGGUGGGCGGCCAAGGGAGGUGGUGGAGGAAAAUUUCUAAACAGAGGGAAAAAGGUGGCACUUUUAAAACGAAAAAAAAAGAAAAGUAUGAACGCUACGAGUUUGUAUGUGUCGACAUGUCGGCUGGUAUUACAGGCCGAUGUGGAAGAUCCAAACUCUUGGACCGAUUUGUAUAGACUGGUACCUUAUUUGCGUCAGAGUUUGAGUUGCACUGUUUGUUCGAAUCUUUUGAUUGAGCCUCACACACCAACUGAAACCAAUUGUCAGCAUCACGUAUGUCGGGCUUGUCGCGGCGGUAGGAAAAAGUUAAAACCCUCGUGCGGAUGGUGCAAAGAUUAUGAGAAAUAUAUUGAAAACGUACAGCUCAGAAUUUUACUUCAGUGUUACAAAAAAUUGUGCGAAUACUUGAGGAGCACUGGGAUUUAUCGUAAUUUGAUAUUAUCCGUCGCAGCUUCCAAUUCUAGCAACAAUUGUCCUGCUGCAAUGGGUGCCAACAGUCUUAUGGAAUUGCUCCAGGAAGGUGCUGGAUUUAAAGAUGAAUUUAAAUGUAAUGCAGGCCUUUCCAAAUCCGCCUAUAGCAUAUUGCCGUGCGUCUAUACGAGUACCACUUCAACACAAACUCAAGCCAAUACUUUGCCAACCAUCGACAACUUGGCUACGCAAACAGUACCUGAUUCACCAGCUAUCAGAACAGUGUCCAAUGGAUCUUCAAUAUAUUCGGUCAUGUAUGCUGGCUCUGGUAACAAAAUAACGAUAAAAAGAAAAGCAGCAACAAGUAUCGAGGACGAAGAAAUGGUACAUCAGGAAGGGGAUGUUGCAACAAGAGGUUCAGUGGGAGGGGUAAAAUGCAUUCCAUCUUCGCAUCUAACGUAUGGGUCUACUUCUCAGAAAAAGUCUUCAAAAGGCAUCAAGGCGUCCGGAAGUUUUAAAAAACCGAGAUCAAGUUCCACCAGAAGCAAGAGAAAGGGGUGUAGAUGCGGCAACGCGACAGCGAUACCCGGUAAACUCACCUGCUGCGGUCAAAGAUGCCCUUGUUACGUUGAGAGCAAACCUUGCAUCGAGUGCCGAUGUCGAGGUUGCAGGAAUCCCCAUACAGCUGAUGGUUUGAAGAUUCGUCCACACAUACCGGAACUUCACAAUUUGCAACUUCAGCUCUCGGCGCCCCUUCACUGUGAUUCAUUGGAGACCGAUCCAUUGGCGACGGUACAACAAUGUUUAUCGACGUCACCAACAACAAUACAAGUAUUAAAUGUCUAUUCAACACCCCGUUUAGACAUUGAUAACGUGCCGCAAAAUUUACCUGCGGCGUUGCUGGUCGGUGAGGAUGCGAUCAUCAGUACGGAAAGUGAGGCGGAAGACAGUGACGUGCAAAUUGACGUCUGACAACGGGACUAAGGGUGUUCGAGGUGCGGCCUUGAGCACCCGUUUUCAUAAUUUUUUUUUCAUCACUAUUGUUAAUAAUAACGUUAAGGUUAUUUCCAAUUAUUAAUCGAAAGAGAAUUAUUUGCGGCGGGUAGAAAAAACGAUGUAAUGGAUUCAACGGGUGUCGUAAAAAGGUAAUUUCGGGCAACACAUUGUCUCUGCCUUUUGAACUAGUGUUUUGAGCAAACCUGAUGCAUUAUCUGUUUAACGAUUAAAAACCACGAAAAUGAAUUUGUUGUACAGUAAAAAAAGAAGAAAAAAGAUUGCGCGAAAUUCGUCAUGUGGGAGUGAAUGUUGAAAAAAAAACAAAUAACAUAAUUCAAUAGUAACAAAUGAAGCGGCAAUUUUUUAAGAUGUGUAAAAUAAUUAUACGUAUUUAUUUAAUUAAAUCAUUCGAUUGUACUAAUAGGAAACUCACACGAAGCCAAUGGAAAAUAUUAAACAUGACCAAUACGUGUUAAUUUUAAAGAAAAUAUUCGUCUUUUUUUGCGUUUCAUGCUCGCUCAGAUAAGUCGGAACUUUUUGUAACAGUUUUUUAUUUCUUCUAUUUCUUUAGAGAGCAUAUGCGGUUUUAGAUGAUUGUAAAUAUAUAACUAUCAAAAUACGAAAGAGAAGAUUAAUAGCUUCUAAACAAAUGUUUAGUGAUGCGUUUGUUCAUUAUAUAGAAGCAAUAGAAUGCUGUGUGGAAAAUUUAUAGGAAUAUAUUUUCAAGGGAUUCUUAUGAUUGUUCCGAAGUAGGCCAAGCCUGCUUUACUUUUUAUUUUGCUCCGUUAGAAAUAGUUUUCUUCGACCACAGUUUAUAUUAGCGAAAUUUGGUUACGGUGUCAUUUAAUUUGAAAAAAAAUAUGGCAGUACAAAAUUAAUCUUGAGAGAGCAGUCAUAUUUUUUUACUAUCCAUGUUGAAAGAAAAAACAAGAUCUCAAACAUUCCCUCAUGAUCCCUAACGUAUGAUCUUGUAAACAGAUAAAUAAAAAGAAAAAGAACAUGACGGGGCGAGAAAAUGAUUAA